UUUUCUGCAUUCUGAUAUGGCUUUCAGACUGUUUUUAGCUCUCUCUGUGAUGCUUUUCCUGACAGCCUGCAAAGCUGGAAAGCAGAUGCCCAAACUAUCAAAUAAGAAACUCUGCGCUGACUCUGAAUGCAGUCAUCCGAUCCUCAUAGCCCGGGCACUUCAGGACUACUACCCUGGAGACUGCAGGUUCAUCCCCAUCCAACAGGGGCAACUCGUCUAUGUUUAUGCAAUGCUGAAAGACAGAGGGAAUCUCUUCUGGGCUGGCAGUGUACAAAACACAUAUUAUGGAGAACAGGAGGCUCGGAUUGGUCACUUCCCCAGCAGCGUUGUGGAGGAAACACAUGCUCUCAUGCCAGCAACCACAGAAGUCAAAACUACCAACUGGGAUUUCUACUGCAACUGAUGCUGAACGGACACACAGAGAAAACAACAAUAUGGAACAGCUUUCCUUAACACACAAUUAUGGUCUAAUCCAUGUUAGCUUGUCUCUGAAUACGUUUUUAAAAAUCAUGAAAUGAUUUAUGGGUGUCAGAAAUUGUAUUCUGAUAACUUUGUCAACUAUAUGCUUUGAUUGCUGAUCUUUGAUUUCGAGGUAGAGAUAUGUUCCUGUUCCUGUUAUAUAUCAAACUUGGGCUCUUUUUUCUGUGUUCUUGUUAUUUGGUAUUUAAGUGAGAUUUACUUUACACAACAUGACUUAGAAUUUAAUCGGAUUUUCUGUCAAAAUUAAAUAAAUCUUAUCUGUAUUUAAACAUGUAAUCAUCUUCAUCUUGAAUUAUUUAGAAGAUAGUUCUCCUACUUAUGCUAUCUGUGACACUUUGGCUUUUCAUACUUUCAGUUUUACAGAUAAUAAACAUUUCAACAAAAACUGUAAAAA